AUGCCCGUAACGGAAUCUUACAUCCAUGUCCUUUCCAUCCCCACAAUGCCAAAUCGUAACCUCAACCUUCUCAGUCUCGAUGGCGGAGGAGUCCGCGGGCUUUCCACUCUCCUAAUCCUGCGUCAACUAAUGGAAGCGAUCGAUCGUGAGCAUCCGCCUAAACCAUGCGAGUACUUCCAAUUCAUUGGUGGAACUGGGUCGGGUGGUGUGAUCGCGAUCAUGCUCGGUCGUCUUGAGAUGGACAUCGAACAGUGCAUUAGAGCCUACACGCGGCUUCUUCGUCGUGUGUUCGCCAGCAAGAGAACCUUCCCCGUAGGCAGCAAUUUGCGCAUGCGACCGAAAUACGAUAUCAAGCGCUUAGGAUCGGCAAUGCGCGCGAUCCUCCGAGAGCUGAAUUACGACGAUGACAUGCUUCUGCGGGAUGAGGAUGGUACAUGUCGAAUAUUCAUCCCCGUCACCGACUCCACCAACCGCAAACUCGUCCCCUUAACCAGCUACCCAAGCCCGUACUGUCCGACAGAACUUUACAAAACAACCAGAGUAUGGGAAGCGGCCCAAGCCAGCUUUGCGAGCGCGUCCCUCUUCGAGCCCGUAUGCAUUGGACCCAGCGGUCGCGAAUUCCAAGACAGCACGGCGGAAGCGAACAACCCGAUGCGCGAGGUGUGGAUCGAAGCUCGUGCCCUGUGGCGCUCAGGAUCUCUCGAAAGCCAGCUGCGAUGUAUGGUAUCCAUCGGAACGGGGGUCCCCUCGAUCAAGCGUCUCGGGCGGAAUAUGUUCGGAAAGUCCCGAUCAAAGCAUGAGGUGGUUGAUGCGGAGACGGAGACUAAUCGGUUUCUAAAGGAACAUACGGAUCUGGAUGAUGAUCAUCGCUUGUUUCGGUUUGAUGUCCCUAAUGGGUUGGCGGAUAUUAAGCCCCAUGGGGUAGAUGAGAUAGAGACUGUUGUGGAGGCGACUGAGGAUUACCUAGCCAAGGAACUCAUGUAUAAGCAGGUGAGGAGGUGUGGGAAGGCUCUUGAUGGUGUUUAG